CCAUGGAGAGCGCGCGCGCGCGCGGUUCUUCUCUGACUGAACGGGUUCGUCAUCAGCGUCGGAAUAAAAGCGAACGCGCGCUCGGAGGAGAAACGAAAGCGACCCGACGCGACGCCAUGAAGGAAAGCGAGGAGCAGCGGUCCCCGGCGACUCUCCUGACGCGCGCUCUGCUCGGUCUGCUCGGUCUGAUCGCGCGGCUCUUCCGGUGGCUCUCGAGCGCAGGUAACCGGCGCGAUACCGUCAUGAUACGAGACGACGAGGAAGAGACGCCCGUGUUCUUUGACCUGGAGACCACCGGACUCGACACGUCAGCGUGUGACAUCGUGCAGCUGUCGGCGCUCAGCGGGGACCGGCUCUUCAACGUCUACCUGCUCCCUCGCCGCUCGAUGGACCCCGGGGCGUCUCGGGUCACCGGGCUGACGGUGGACGGGCCCCGGCUGCUCCUCAGGGGCCGCCCGGUCCAGACGGUCCCCCACAGGCGGGCCCUGAGCAACUUCAUCCUCUUCCUCCGGAGCUUCCCCAGGCCCUUCCUGGUGGGUCACAACAGCAGGCGCUUCGACUGGCCCGUCCUGACCCGGGUCCUGGCCCAGUUUCAGCUGCUGCAGGAGCUGGAGGACGUGGUGUCCGGCUGCCUGGACACGCUGGGGCUGAGCCGGGACAUGUUCCCGCUGCCCAGACACUCGCAGGCCUUCCUCGUGCAGCACUUCCUGCGGCAGCCGUACGGCGCUCACGACGCCCGGGAAGACGCCCGGACCCUGCAGGAGCUCUACAGACUCUGGGAGCCGUCCGAGGAGCUCGUGAGGAAACACAAGACCGGCCCGAGACGCACAGGAAGAUGAAAAACAGAUAUCAUUUCUGUCAAACUCAAAAUGAUUCCCACGCCAGAAAUCAACGGUUACAUGUCACACCCAAAAAUGAUGUCGAUGUUCUUUUUGCAGACUUUUCUUGAGUUAAACUAGUUUUAUCUGACUGAUAGAAGAACGCUGAACUCUAGAGAAUAAACAUAAAGUGAGAGAUGUUAAAGGUGGGUUUGACUCUGUGUGUGUGUGUGUGUGUGUGUACAUAUAUGUAUAAUUUACACACACACACACACAUAUAUUUGUAAGUGCCUUAGUGGAUGAAAUCAUUUUAGAACGAAAGCAUUUAUUUUUUUUGGCUGCUGCGACUCUGGAAUAAUGCAGUUAUAUACGGUUUAUAUCAAAUUAAUCCAAAAGAGUAUUGAAUAUGCAGAGGUUCUUUAUGCACUUUCUAAUGCAAUGUUUACAUUAUUUUUUGAGUUCAGUGAGAAAGUCGUCACGACGCAAAAAAAGCAGCAAUUUUAACUUAUUUUUAAGUGCCAUGUAUUUCGAUUUAAUUCUGUUUUAGUCUAAAAUCAGGUUCUUGGUUUCCGAGUGGGUUUUACUUCUCCUCAGGUGUCAGAACUAAAAUAUAACUCAAUGUCAUUUCAUUUCUACACUGCUGCAUACGUUCUGUAUUAAUAAACCAUUGAAACGUUAAAUAUUAAACCCUUGAUUGUUUUA